GAAUGGUUAGUGGCUAAUUGCAGAUGGAAUCCAUGGGGGUGGGAUCCUUUAGUUUAGAGAUUGGGGGAUGGGGACCCACCCUAACAAUGACUUGACUCAAUAUCUUCGCGAACCCCACAAGUUCCAGAGCCACAACAUUCUUCCAUCAUCAUUUUACGAUUGAUUCUCUCGUUGCUCACCUCUAACAGUUAUUGUAGAUUCUGAGGGGGAGGAGGAGGAGGAGGAGGAGGAGCAGCUCAAGUUCUGAAAGAUGGAAGCGUUGUGCAUUUCCUGUGGCGGCGUUUCGGCCUCACUAUUGAAAUCCCCGGUCGUCCGCAGUGAUUCUGUUUAUCUUUACCGCCACAAGAAGAGAGUAUUUUUAGGUUCACCAAUUUCACAUCGUAUUUUGUCGACUGCAAGAAAUAACAGCAGCGGCAGUGCCACUAAGAGAAGGAGCAACAAGAAUAAACAAGGUAAGAAUAAUAGUAGUGAUAGUGGUGUGCCUGUAAGUGUAACUGAAGAAGAAAUGAGAAACAAACAGCAGCAAAUAAACGAAGGUAAGAGAAAUGGGCCAACGAGCGUGCGUUCUCUGUAUCAGAAUGGUGGUGACCCCCUUGGGCGGAGGGAUUUGGGCAAAGGCGUGGUGAAAUGGAUAUCCCAAGGCAUGAAAGCGAUGGCUUUGGAGUUUGCAAGGGCUGAGAUGCAGGGUGAAUUUGCCGAACUGAAACAACAGAUGGGGCCGGCUGGUCUCACCUUUGUAAUACAGGCUCAACCCUACCUCAAUGCUGUUCCUAUGCCCGUUGGCCUUGAAGCCAUCUGCCUCAAGACUUGCACUCAUUACCCAACCCUCUUCGACCACUUUCAGAGGGAGCUCAGGGACAUUCUUCAGGACCUCCAGCACAAAUCUCUCAUUCCUCUUACCUGGCAUCAAACUCAGUCAUGGAAGUUGCUCAAGGAUCUCGCUAAUUCAGCUCAACAUAGAGCUGUUGCCAGAAAAGCUCCCCUGUCCAAGUCUCUCCAUGGUCUAUCCAUCGACAAGACCAAAUCCAUUCAGUGCAGAAUCGACAAAUUCACCGAGCACAUGUCACAUCUUCUUCGCAUUGAAAGGGAUUCUGAAUUGGAGUUUACCGAGGAAGAGCUGAAUGCCGUUCCAACACCUGAUGAGCAUUCCACUUCACCAAAGCCCAUUGAAUUCUUGGUCAGCCAUGCCCAGGCUGAGCAAGAACUCUGUGAUACCAUAUGCAAUCUCAAUGCAAUUAGCACAUCUAUAGGACUAGGAGGAAUGCAUUUGGUUUUGUUCAGAGCUGAGGGAAACCACAGAUUGCCACCCACUAAUCUUUCUCCGGGAGAUAUGGUUUGCGUUAGAAUAUGUGACAGUAGGGGGGCUGGUGCAACAUCUUGCAUGCAAGGUUUUGUUAAUAAUCUCGGGGAUGAUGGAUGUAGCAUUAGUGUCGCUCUUGAAUCCCGUCAUGGCGAUCCUACCUUUUCUAAACUUUUUGGCAAGAAUAUCCGCAUUGAUCGCAUACAAGGAUUGGCCGAUGCACUCACAUAUGAGCGUAAUUGUGAAGCUUUAAUGAUGCUUCAGAAGAAAGGUUUACAGAAACAGAAUUCAUCAGUAGCCGUUGUGACUACAAUCUUUGGAGAUAAAGAAGAUAUAGCGUGGUUUGAGGAUAAUGACUUGGUAGAUUGGUCUGAAGUGGAGUUGGAUGGGUUGUUAGACACUGAAUUUUACGACAGCUCCCAGCAAAGGGCAAUUGCAUUAGGUUUAAACAAGAAGCGUCCUGUACUCAUAAUCCAAGGUCCUCCUGGAGCUGGAAAGACUGGUGUGCUGAAGCAACUAAUUUCACUUGUUGUUAAACGAGGUGAAAGAGUACUUGUAACUGCACCGACUAAUGCAGCUGUAGACAACAUGGUUGAGAAACUGUCUGAUAUUGGAGCUAAUAUUGUACGCGUAGGUAAUCCAGCACGAAUAUCGCCUGCCGUUGCUUCCAAAUCUUUGGUUGAAAUUGUUAAUAGUAAACUUGCGGAUUAUAAAUCAGAGUUUGGGAGGAAGAAAUCUAAUUUAAGGAAGGACCUCAGCCAUUGCUUAAAGGAUGAUUCUUUAGCUGCUGGCAUACGUCAGCUUUUGAAACAGUUGGGGAAGGCGAUCAAGAAGAAGGAGAGGGAAACAGUAAAAGAAAUUCUUUCAAGUGCUCAGGUUGUGCUUGCCACUAAUAUUGGAGCAGCUGACCCGAUGAUUAGAUCACUUGACUCAUUUGACUUGGUGGUCAUAGAUGAAGCAGGUCAGGCCAUUGAACCUUCUUGCUGGAUACCAAUAUUGCUGGGAAAACGUUGUAUACUUGCAGGGGACCAAUGCCAACUUGCACCUGUGAUAUUAUCUAGAAAAGCCUUAGAAGGUGGUCUGGGCGUAUCUCUCUUGGAAAGAGCGUCAACUUUGCAUGAAGGGGUUUUUGCGACAAAGUUAACAACACAGUAUAGGAUGAAUGAUGCAAUAGCUAGCUGGGCUUCAAAGGAGAUGUAUAAUGGGUUACUGAAGUCAUCUGCCAGUGUUACUUCUCAUCUUCUUUCUGAUUCUCCAUUGGUCAAGCCAACCUGGAUAACACAAUGCCCGUUGCUGUUGCUUGACACAAGAAUGCCAUAUGGGAGUUUGUCUGUUGGCUGUGAAGAACAAUUAGACCCAGCUGGCACAGGCUCUUUCUACAAUGAAGGUGAAGCGGACAUUGUUGUACAGCACGUUUUUGCCUUGAUUUAUGCUGGUGUUAGGCCAGCAAGCAUAGUAGUGCAAUCUCCUUAUGUUGCUCAAGUUCAACUAUUAAGAGACAGGCUAGAAGAGUUUCCGAUAACCAAAGGUGUUGAGGUUGCAACUAUUGACAGCUUUCAAGGCCGUGAAGCAGAUGCUGUGAUUAUAUCAAUGGUUCGGUCGAACAACUUGGGAGCUGUUGGAUUUUUAGGAGACAGCAGACGAAUGAAUGUAGCUAUAACAAGAGCACGUAAGCAUGUGGCAAUAAUUUGUGAUAGCUCAACGAUAUGCCAUAAUACAUUUUUGGCAAGGUUGUUGCGUCACAUUAGAUAUUUUGGUCGAGUGAAGCAUGCUGAGCCAGGUGGUUCUGGAGGUUCUGGCCUUGCCAUGAAUCCCAUGUUGCCUUCACUAAGUUAACAACUGUUGCAUUACUUCCAAUUCUCUACUUCAUUCGACCAUUGUCAUCGUUGCCGUCCACACAUUCCCAUACCACAUAUGUAUGUAUAUGUAUAGCAAUAUUUAAAAAAAAAUGUUUUAGCAAUUGUUUCAUUCAACCAUUAUCUCUACUUCAUAGCUGUCCUGAAAGAUUGUUUUAACAAUUGUUGAUUCAUUUAUAUAACGAACAAAAAAAGAAAAGAAAAAUCAUAUAUAUUACUGCACACAUUCUA